AUGGAUGAUUUGAAAGAAUGGAAACUUUUAGGACAAGAAAUAAAAGGACAAUUAAUUGUUUUGUGUAAAUUAAAUGAAAAUAUAAAUAUUAUUCAAGCUUCGGUUAAUAAAAGUUGUUCAUUGGUGUCAUUAAUUGUUAAAAAGAAAAAUGAAGAAAAUCAAGAUGGGACUGAAUACUAUGAACAUUUCAUCGCCCAAGUCAUAAAAAAUGACAAAGAAGAACCUAUUCUUCAAAAAUUAAUUGAUUUAGAAUGUCUCGGCUUGAAACGAAAGCAACAAAUAAUGACUAAUUUUUUAAAAACAAAAUCUAAAGAUGUUUCUAAACUUUUAAUAUUCAUACAUCUUGAAUGUAUAUCAUUGUACAAAUUGACCAAAGAAAAUCCUGAAAAAUUAUUGAUUGUUCAAAUCGAUGAGAUAACAAAGUCUUUCAUGUGGGCACAAUGGGACUGUGAAAUUCAGUCAUUGUAUUUUAUACAUUUUCGAAAAACAUCACUUUCUGUUGAAGGUGAUGAUUUGUUAAAACAAGAAACAACACCAACUUUGAGUUGUCUUCAGUUUCACGAAGAUCUUCCUCACGAAACCGUGUUGAACAUACCUUUGAAUUUACCAAACAUUUCGAGCACGAAGGACAUGGGUUGCAGAAUAUACGAAGACGAUCCAUUGCCAUUAAGAAUUCACGAUUGUUCUCUUGAUUUAAUUGUCGUGUCUGAUCCAUCAGGUACAAUAUGUAUUUGCCAUCAUUAUUUGUAUCAGGCACAUAGUCCUAAAUCGGAAGCGACGGUUCAUUUUGCCUACUCCGUUACUCUUUUACAUCAUGGAUGCGUAAUUCACAGUGUUGUUCCUGGAGUACCCUGGAGCCAAGCAAAAACAAUGAAACCAGUGUUUGCAUUUCUAGGAAGUCAAUAUUUGGUUGUUUACGUCGCAGGGUUGUUUACUCAUUUAUUAGAUAUCGGUUUGGCACACGAACCAUUUUGCCACAUCCUCAUGAACGGGGUGUUGUCAAUGGUACCUCAAAGUGCUUCACGAUUGGUAACCAUCAAAGGUGAAUUCACGGAGUCCACAGUAUUUGAAGACGAUACGGAAUUAUUACCAACAAUAAUGAUUGAUCUCAACACGAUGGAUUUAUUAGAAUUUGAAAUAGAUGUCGAAGAUUUAAUGACUAGUUUAUCAACAAUUGAAUCAAUGAAUAAUAGAUUAUCUAUUUUACAUUAUUUAUUAAUUCAUGCAGUUGAUUUUGAAAGAGUGGAAGAAGCAUUAAUGAUUUUGAUAAAACAACCGACUGAUAUUAAUACUCCUAAAUUUUUACAAGAAAUUCUUAUUGGAGGAGCUUAUUCCUUGGCGAAAAAAAAAUUUUCUUCUGAAUUCAAUCACCUCCUUAACCUUUUACCCAUGACUUGCAUUGAACUGAAAAGACAAACCGAAACCAAGUUAAGUAAAGUUUCUUGUACGAUUACUCAAGAAAUACUUUGGAAUACAGCAAUGAUGUUAUUAUCUCCUCGACAAAGACUGAUUCCGUUUGCGACGGAUAUAUGGAAAAAACUUUGGGAUCAAUUAAUAAAAUUAAUGGAGACGCCCAGAUUCAAACCUUGUCAAGUAGCUGAUAAACUUCUCAUGUCUCUAGAAUGCUAUCAGCCAGAAGCAUUAUCAACGUGCACGACACCAAUUUCUUCGGGAAUAAGCCUUUUAGAUCAUUAUUCAGAUCUUUCUGAUGCCAAUCAAAAAUCAAAAUGCAUUGAAACUAAUAUGAAAAUUUUUCUUCCCUUCACGGAAACGGAAAGUUGCACGGCCAGUAAACAAGAACACGUUAUUUCAAUAAAUUUAAGAGAAAUAAGUUUACAUUUAUUAAAAAAUAAUCUUCACGAACAUCCUGCUAACGUCAACCCUGUAGCAACUAGUUAUGUAACAGCUCAAUUAGAAAUAUCAAAAUUAUUAUGUCACCUGUUAGGAAAAAUGUCUGGAAUCGAAGAUGAUAUGUGUUCAGAAAAAGGAUUUUCAUUAAUAAAAAAAAUGACUUCAAAACAAAGAAUUAUACUAUUUUCUUAUUAUCAAAGAUAUUACAAUGCUGCUGACACUUUGGCUUAUCCAUUACCAAGAGGUUUUACAUCCUUUUUUUGUUAUUUGGGUUUUACUUCUCUUUCUUAUCAGUAUUUUUUAAUGUAUUUAAAAAAUAAUGUAUUUGAAUUACAAAUCGACGUAAUGAAGGAAAUAAUGCAAGACAUUGAAGAUACCGAGGAAGGUGUAAAUAAAAAAUUACAAUUAUUAUUAUUAUUGCCAAGAUCCAGAGCUAAAAGACUUUUGCAUAAUUGGUCUCAUGGUGUUAGCUUAAUGAUAAGAGCUCGAGAACACGCAUUAAAUAUAUUAACAGGAGUUCAAAGUUCACGUACGAAAGGUUUUUCUCAUUCUCAUCAAUUAACAAUGAAAAAUUCAAAAGGAUUGGCUGCAUUUCCAUCUGCCGAUGCUAGCCUAACAGAUUUGGAUUUUAAUUUAUUAAUUGAUGCCACCAUAGCAUCAACACAAAAUAUAUUUUCAGAAAAUGAUUCACAAAAAGAAUAA